AUGGCAGCUGAAGUAUCGAACUCAAAGAUUCUACAGCCUGAUUACCAACUAAAUGAACCUGAGCCGGAACACUGUCCUGGGCCAGAAUCAGAGAAAGCCGGACAAGGCGACGCCUGUGUUGGAUGCGCUAACAAAGAUAUAUGCGAGAGCUUGCCCAAGGGUCCUGAUCCCGAUAUAGAGCUGAUAACUGAGAACUUGUCACAAAUAGGACACAAAAUUUUGGUUCUUUCUGGCAAAGGUGGAGUUGGGAAAUCGACUUUCACGUCGAUGUUAGCGUGGGCUUUGUCAGCAGAUGAAGAUCUUCAAGUGGGAGCGAUGGAUCUCGAUAUUUGCGGACCUUCGCUGCCACAAAUGUUAGGCUGUGCUGAGGAGAGUAUACACGAGUCAGGAGCCGGUUGGUCGCCUGUCUACGUUGCAGAUAAUCUUGCUGCGAUUUCGAUUCAAUUUAUGCUCCCCGAGGAUGACUCCGCUGUGAUAUGGCGAGGCUCAAAGAAAAACGCACUCAUCAAAAGAUUUUUGAAAGACGUGGAUUGGGACCGUCUAGAUUAUUUGGUGGUGGACACUCCACCGGGGACCUCAGAUGAACAUAUCUCGAUUAACAAGCUCAUGAAGGAAUCUGGACUAGACGGUGCACUCAUAGUUACCACCCCACAAGAAGUAGCUCUGUUAGACGUGCGAAAAGAGAUCGACUUUUGCCGAAAAGCAGGAAUCAAGAUCUUGGGUCUUGUUGAAAACAUGAGCGGAUUCGUUUGUCCUAAUUGCAAAGGUGAGUCUUUCAUUUUUCGUCCUACCACGGGUGGUGGACAGGCCUUGUGCAAAGAAUUGGGCAUACCUUAUCUCGGAUCUGUGCCACUCGAUCCGCGUAUCGGACAGGCGUGCGACAAGGGUGAUAGUUUCUUGGAUCUCUAUCCAGACAGCCCUGCUUCGAUAGCGAUUUUAAACGUGGUUGAGCAUCUUCGUGACGCUGUUGGGGACGCUUGCUAG